UGGGCAGGGGCCGCCGCGGGGCGUGGGAGAGGAAGGGCCGCGCUCCCGGGGCGGGCAGAGGCGGGCGCUGAGGCCUCGGGGUGGGGACUGGGUGGAGGGCCCGACGACUGGGUCUGUACAGAACGGUCCGGACGCGGGCGAGCAGCGAGGGUGAGACCCCAGCAAAAUCCCAUUCCCUCCCGUAAACUGCCAGCAACCAGACUGGGAACCUCAACUGACUCCCGGGGAAGUCCAAGAAAAAACUUUGGGGAUCUGUCGAGAAGGCACUCCGCGGGACCGGACACUUCUCUUCUCCGUCUCACUGUCCGCGGAAAACCUUCCCAUCCUUUUACCUCCCUAGUCCCUAGGGCCGUGCAGGCUCGGCCCUCGAGGGCAGGGGUGGAUUGGGAAGCUCCGUCUUCUAGAGGCCUGGGAUUUGGUCAGGCCUUCCUGUGCCCAGCUGCUGUCAGAAUCCAUCUGGGAUCUCAAAGACAACCUCUCCCUAGGACAUCCCUCAGCUUCCUAGUGUGACCUUAGACUUUGUCACCGAUGUCAGUUCUGAACUCUGACUGGCCCCACCAAGGGGAGAGCCUCAGCCCUCAGGAGCCAGGUCCACCAGCCAACUCAGACAGUGACCUAAGACACUUGCUGGAGAAGUACUCUGAGGGGACUUCUGCUCAGAGUCCUGAAGUUCUGAGCUUGGGGCUCCCUGGCCUGGACACCCACGGGGCCCCCAACUGGCCUGAGCUUCGGAUCCUCCUGCAGCAGCUGCCUCCGCAGGACAGUGAUGAGCGCUACUGCCUGGCCCUUGGGGAGGAUGAGGUGGCCGAGCUGAGGCUCUUCUGUAACCAGCGGAGGCGGGAGGCCCUGGGACAGGGGGUGGCCUGCAGGGUAUCUCCCAAGCUGGCAGAACACACCUGUGAGAAGUGCAGGGAGCGGCUGAGGCCCGGGGAGUACGGAGUGUUCGCAGCCCCGGCAGGAGAGCGGCGCGGCUGGCACCCGGCUUGCUUUGCCUGCCAGGCCUGUGGCCAGGCCCUGAUAAACCUCAUCUACUUCUACCACGACGGGCAUCUCUACUGUGGCCGUCAUCACGCAGAGCUGCUGCGACCGCGCUGCCCGGCUUGUGACCAGCUGAUCUUCUCCCAGCGCUGCACUGAGGCAGAGGGACGGCGCUGGCAUGAAAACCACUUCUGCUGCCAGGACUGCGCUGGGCCCUUGGGCGGGGGACGUUAUGCUUUGCCGGGGGGCGGCCCUUGCUGCCCCAGCUGCUUUGAGAGUCGCUAUUCGGAUGCCGGCUGGAGCCAGGCCCUUGCACGGGAAGGGAGGCCCUUGCUAGGGGAGGCGAGACUCGGUAGAGUUGAAGAGGGAGACUGCGCCCCGCUGGACGUCGCUACCAUCUCCCGGGCAGCCCUCCCCGCCGCUGCCUCCCGCUCCAGUCCGGGAACCCAGAGGGGGCUGCUUCGAUCCAGUCCGGAACAGGAGGGUCGAGCUGGGGACGAGGCGGAGGCACCCAAAGGGCGGGAGCGGGGCCGCCUGGAGACGCCCCUCGAUGCCAAGCAGGACGCCCCCUGCCCCACCUGCUCCUCUUCUUCUGACUCGGAACCAGAAGGAUUUUUCUUAGGCCAGCGCCUUCCCGGUCCCUGGAAGACCCCCGGAAGCCUCCAGGCUGGGGACAGCGACAACUCCAGGAAGCACUGCACCAUCUGCUAGUGGCGCAGCCCGGAGAAGGGGGAG